UGGCUGUGUGACCCGGAAGUGAUUCCCGAGGCGGCGGGCCGCGUGGGUUGAUCUUGUAGGGACCCGGUGGUUGCAGCCGCUGUGAUGACCAAAAUAAAGGCAGAUCCGGAUGGGCCUGAGGCUCCGGCGGAGGCGUGCGGCGGGGAGCGCACUUACCAUGAGCUGCUGGUCAAUCUGAACCCCAUCGCGCAGCCCCUGGCAUCUCGGCGCCUCACGCGGAAGCUCUACAAGUGCAUCAAGAAAGCUGUGAAGCAGAAGCAAAUCCGGCGCGGGGUGAAGGAGGUUCAGAAAUUUGUCAACAAAGGCGAGAAAGGGAUCAUGGUUUUGGCAGGAGACACGUUGCCAGUCGAGGUGUACUGCCACCUCCCGGUCAUGUGCGAGGACCGAAACUUGCCCUAUGUGUAUAUCCCCUCCAAGACGGACCUGGGUGCAGCUGCGGGCUCCAAGCGCCCCACCUGUGUGAUCAUGGUCAAGCCCCACGAGGAGUACCAGGGCGCCUAUGACGAGUGCCUGCAAGAGGUGCGGGCCCUGCCGUCACCCCUGUGAAGGACUCCGCAGUAACCCAGGCAGCCAUGAAAGCCACUGGACCAGCAGUGGGCCGGCCGCUCACGCUCAGAGCACGUCCCCGACUCCGGGCACAGACUCCCGCAGCGCCAGCACUGUUUCCUGAAGGCAGAGCCGAAGUCCUCUCCAUCGGUGCCAUUUCCUGUUGAGCUUCAGUGCGGACAGGUCCAGGGGUGUGGGGUGGGGAAGUAAAUGCUAAGACUAAAAUGU